GAGCUGCUGAGUCGCACAUCRCUGGAGACUCAGAAAUUGGAUCUGAUGGCUGAAGUUUCAGACCUGAAGAUUAAGCUGGUUGGUAUGGAAAAGGAGCAGAGUGAAUAUGAAGAGAAACAGAACAAAGCUGAGUCAGUAGUGAACCUGAUCAGUGACCUGCAGGAGCAGAUGUGYAGACUGCAGCUGGAAAUUAAUAGUAGAAUCCAAGAAAGAAAGUCUCAAGAUAGGAAACCAGACUUGGCACCUAAUGGUCCUCAMUCUGGUGCGAGAUCAGUAGAGACUCUGGGCCAGAAGAAUUGUUCUCAGUGUGAUGGUUUGCUGCAGGAACUCAGACACCUCAAAAUUAAAGUGGAAGAACUGGAAAACGAAAGAAAUCAAUAYGAGUGGAAAUUGAAAGCUACUAAGGCUGAGAUUGCCCAGCUCCAGGAGCAGUUGGCUCUCAAAGAUGCAGAGAUUGARCGUUUGCAAAGUCAGCUCUCCAGGACCUCAUCCUACACUGAAGUGGCAGAAAGAGACCAAGAAGUUCAACGGUUGAAGAUAGGAAUGGAGACACUAUUGGCUGCAAAUGAAGAAAAGGACCGUCGGAUAGAGGAGCUGACGCUGUUGCUGAGCCAGUACAGGAGGGUCAAGGACAACCUGAUUGCAACUCAUGGCUCUUCUGUCUCUGGUGGCAGUGAAGAGGAACUCGAGGCAUCCUUGAGGAAGUGGAAUCUUUUGAAUAAUUCUCAAGGAGAAUUACUGAAAACAGAGGUCCCUGCAGGAGAUUUGUCACCAGCUCUGCUCCCUCCAGUGCCACACAAAGCCAUGGAAAUUAGUGGCAGCAUUCCCGUAUCUUCAAGUAAUUUAACCUCAGCACAAGAAGACUCUUUGGAAAUCACAAAUAGGGUUCCACAGAAAAAAAAGUCAAGCAGUUUAGAAGACUUGCAGAGUGAAUCCUUGGAAAAGUAUGUAGAUGGAAAACCAGCACAGCCUGUUGUAGAACAAGAGAGUAAGCCAGUUGUGAAAAGCAGCAAGUACCAAACGUUGCCAGGAAAGCUGCCCCGAGCUCUGCAGAACGGAGAGCAGGGRAUGUACAACAGCCCAGAGAGAUGUGACAACGAGAACAACGCUGUGCCAGGCUUCAGAGAAACAGAGAACAUGGAUGGAACAGUGGUCUCAGAUGAACUUUCACCCCUUUCUUCGGGAACAGAUUCAGGUCCACAAUCUCCAUGGUCUCCAGAAAACAGAAAGAGCCCAAAAGGGAUCAAGAAAAUCUGGGGAAAAAUCCGCAGAACUCAGUCAGGGAACUUCCCUGCAGACGACCUGGGGCUGGCAGAGUUUCGGAGAGGAGGGCUCCGGGCCACCGCCGGACCCCGCUUAUCGCGCUCCAAGGACAGCAAAGGGCACAAGAGUGACCACAAUGCUCCAUUUGCUCAGUGGAGCACUGAGAGGGUUUGUAACUGGCUGGAGGAUUUUGGCCUGGGCCAGUACGUGAUUUUUGCCCGGCAGUGGGUGACGUCAGGCCACACGCUGUUAACUGCCACACCUCAGGACAUGGAAAAGGAAAUGGGAAUAAAGCAACCACUGCACAGGAAGAAAUUGGUUUUGGCCAUUAAAGCAAUAAAUGCAAAACAAGAUGAGAAGUCUGCACAGCUUGACCAUAUCUGGGUGACACGAUGGCUCGAUGACAUUGGCUUACCUCAGUACAAAGACCAGUUUCAUGAAUCCAGAGUGGAUGGGAGGAUGCUGCAGUACUUAACUGUGAAUGAYCUUCUCUUCCUGAAAGUCACCAGUCAGCUGCAUCACCUGAGUAUUAAAUGUGCCAUUCAUGUGCUGCAUGUCAACAGCUUCAACCCCCACUGUCUACGCAGGAGACCAGUUGAGGAGAACAAUGUCUCACCUUCUGACGUMGUGCAGUGGUCCAACCACAGAGUGAUGGAAUGGCUCAGAUCUGUGGAUCUGGCAGAAUAUGCACCCAACCUUCGAGGCAGCGGAGUGCACGGGGGCCUGAUUAUUCUGGAACCUCGCUUCAAUGGUGACACGCUGGCCAUGCUCCUGAACAUCCCACCUCAAAARACCCUCCUGCGCCGCCACCUCACCACCAAUUUUAACGUCUUAAUUGGGCCAGAGGCACAGCAGGAAAAAAGAGAAAUCAUGGAGUCAGCAGCAUACACACCUCUGACCACCACUGCCAAAGUUCGGCCAAAGAAACUUGGAUUUUCACAUUUUGGAAACUUAAGAAAAAAGAAGUUUGAUGAAUCAACAGACUACAUUUGUCCUAUGGAUACAAACCCAGUUGCUACGAAUGGUACUUCRAAAAACUAUGGUGGCCACAAAGGACUGAGUCCUUUCAGUGACAGGGAACUGGAUCAGAUGGAGCACUCAGAAGGCACAGUAAUGCAAAUAGGGGCUCUUUCCCAAGGCAUAACUCACCUCACGAGACUGCUAAGCCAGGACGAAAUGCUGAAUGACAGCAGGUUUUUAACACCUACCUUUGAAGACUGGAGAUGAUGCUUCAGCAUGACCAAAACACUGCUGGUACCUCAUGCCUGUCAGGAGUUUCCAGAGCAGCUGGAUGCYACAGUGCAGGAAAGCUUGAACUCUCUCCUGCUACUGAGAUUUCCUGAGUAGCAUUUCCUAUUGUCAGUGUAGCCACACAUYACAGGUAACUCUCCUCUGUGCUGUUUUUCCACAUGAUGUCACAUGAAACAGGGGUUGGGAGAGGAGUGGGACUCGUCCAGAGU